GCUUUCGCUCGCCUCCCUCGCACGCAAACGCCUCUUUAAAUCCCCCACCACCACCACCACCCCCCACGUGCAACUCGCGAUGACAACGCACCGGCUGAGCUGCUGCGGGCUGUCGUCAUUCUCGUGCUGAGCAGAGAGAAGGGAACGAAGGGAAGGAGGGGAAGGAAAAACGAAUUUGCUAUUCGUUCGCAUUUAAUUUAUAUUGCAACGGAGCUGUUUGCUAUUUCGAGGGUGGUGGGGUGUGGUGUCCUCCGCGUUUAUCAUUUGCACUAUUUUUUAACGCUGAUAGGUAUUUAUUGCCGUAAAUUUAUUUAUUUAGUGUUUUUAUUUUAUUGCCUGUCCAGAGAUACGGCCGGAUAGAUAGAACAUUUGCCGUGCGCCGUGUGUGUGUAUAUAUAAAGAGAGCCAGUCCAGUUUCGCAUGCGUCCGGGGUUGGUACAUCAGCUGACAAGACACAUUACGCCGAAAUCUACGCUGCCGUUCAGUUGUGCCUUGGGCUGCGAAACUCCGAAGACGAGAUGUCGACGCUGUACGAGACAAAGGCCAUCCUGCGCGGGGCCGACGCCGUGUGCUUCGACGUGGACAGCACCGUCAUCACGGACGAGGGCAUUGACGAGCUCGCCAAGUUUUGCGGAGUCGGCGACGAGGUCACGGAGUGGACAAAACGGGCUAUGGGGGGUGGCGUGUCCUUCCGCACUGCCCUGAGGGAGCGGCUGAACAUCAUCCAGCCAACCUGCGAUCAGAUAGCAGAGCUGCUGCAAGUGAAGCCCCCACAACUCACACCUGGAAUACGGGAGCUGGUGUCUUGCUUACAGCGGCGAGGGGCCCACGUAUUCCUCGUGUCUGGCGGAUUUCGCUGCUUGGUGGAGAUUGUGGGCCAAGAGCUCUCCAUCCCACCGGAAGACAUCUACGCCAACCGACUCUCGUUCUUUUACAACGGCGAAUAUGCCGGCUUUGAUGAAUCUCAGCUGACAUCCGAGUCGGGAGGGAAGGGCAAAGUAAUUGCAGCAAUCAAGGCAAAGUACGGCUACAAGCAAGUAGUCAUGAUUGGUGAUGGAGCCACAGACAUGGAGGCUUGUCCACCAGCUGAUGCAUUCAUUGGCUUCGGAGGGAAUGCAGUUCGAUCCCAAGUUCAGGAAAACUCCAAGUGGUUUGUCACCAGCUUCCACGAGCUUUUGCAUGAGCUGCAAUCUGCAAACGGCUGUAUCUAGAAGCUUUUGGUCUGAACUGUGACUGUGUGUCUAGUGCCUCAGUUUAUAAAAUCUAAGCAGGAAUAGAGGUGGCAAUCUAUACAAGCGACCUAAUCUGUUCAACGGCAGUCACUGAAAAUGUACUGUAUUGAUGGAAUAAAACACAUGAAUGCUUUUUAAAUGUGGAACCAAUUUUAAUUUCCAAAUGCAAUAGCAUAUGUUUAGUAUGUCCUAAUUGUGGUAAUGGCCAGUGUUGGUAUAUGGUGCAUAGCAACUGCUUACUAAUGGAUUACAUUGCUGCAUGUUUACGCAUUUGUGUAAUGAUGACAAGAAUCAUCAUGAUUUUGUAAAGAAACUUUUGAAAAAUAUUUAAAAGUAGUUUUUAGAUAUAUCAAGAAGGGGGGGGGGGGAUAUUUUCUAAAAUAAGGGUUGUUGUAUUGAUUUCCCUUAAGCACAGGGUAUGAGAAUUCUGUUAAAAUGUUAUUUUACAACUCUGUUGCAUUUGAAUACGAUGUUACGUAUUGUGGUUUACAUUUGCUAUUUCAUGUAUGACUUGAAAAUAUCAUUUGCAAAGUCUCCUCUGUCCCCAAUAUUGGUUUCUUGAAGUAAUAUAAUCUGUCUUAAUUGCAUUUUAAGCUAUUGUUGAUUACAUUUCAUUUGUGACAUUGUAACCCUCUAAGUACACGUUAUGUACACGUGUGGAAAGACAAACAAACGCAGCACUUAUGUUCUCUCAGUGUCAUAAAUGAUGAUAAAAUUUCAUUGAGAAACACUA